CACAUGCCCCGGGGCGUCACAGGCUCCUUGUCCCCGCCUAGGUCACGUGCUCAGAGUGGCGAGCCAAUCCUGAGCGAGGACGGUAAACAGCUGACUGUGAACAACACACACACACACACACAGAGCACCGUCUCCUCCUGCAGGUGGUGGUGUGUAGUAGACUCCUGCACGUAGCUCACUAACUCCUGUGAUUGCUGGUGUGUGAGUGCUGGUGUCUGUCUCGGGCUCUUAUGCAAGCUUAGUGUGUUUUGGUGCCUCCUGUAGAAACAGGGACGUGGAGCGAGUUUCCCACUGAGGAGGAGACCCGCAGCUUCCAUCCCCAAAACCAGCCGCACAAUGGCACCGUCCCUCAUCCGAGCUUGCCGCAGUCUGGCUCUCUCGACGUGGCUGCUGUCUUUCUGUUUCGUGCACUUGCUGUGUCUGGACUUCACGGUUGCAGAGAAGGAGGAAUGGUACACUGCUUUUGUCAACAUCACCUACCUGGACCCUGUCACGUCGGAGGUCAGGACGGAGAAAACAGAGUGCGGGCGGUAUGGCGAGCAGUCGCCCAAGAGGGAAGCCAGAGGUCUGGUGCUGGUGCCGUCCACCCUGCAGGACAGACAGGCGUGCGACCCAAACGUCCGGUUCCCUCCUGUCCCUCACAACUACGCCUGGGUGGCGUUGGUGGCUGCAGGGAACUGUACAUACCGAGAGAAGAUCCGGAACGCUGCAAACCUCAACGCCUCUGCAGUUGUCAUAUACAAUGUGGGCUCCAGCAGUGCCAACGACACCAUAACAAUGCCCCAUCCAGGUACAGGAAACAUUGUGGCCAUCAUGAUCCCAGAGCCUAAAGGUCGUGAGAUUGUGGCCCUGCUGGAGCAGAAAAUCAAGGUUACAUUGUACAUCACCGUAGGAACCCGCAACCUGCAGAAGUACGUGAGCAGAACGUCAGUAGUGUUUGUCUCCAUCUCCUUCAUCGUCCUCAUGAUCAUCUCCCUCGCCUGGCUCGUCUUCUACUACAUCCAGAGGUUCCGCUAUGCCAAUGCACGGGAUCGCAACCAGAGACGUUUGGGAGACGCUGCCAAAAAGGCCAUCAGUAAGCUGCAAGUACGCACCAUUAAGAAAGGAGACAAGGAGACGGAAUCAGACUUUGACAACUGUGCAGUUUGCAUUGAAGGUUAUAAGCCUAAUGAUGUUGUGAGGAUAUUACCAUGCAGGCAUAUCUUUCAUAAGCACUGUGUAGACCCGUGGCUACAAGACCACCGGACGUGUCCCAUGUGCAAAAUGAACAUCCUCAAAGCCUUAGGAAUCCCACUCAACGCAGACUGCUCAGAUGACGUUCCUCCAGACUAUGACACAUCUGUCGGCGGUCCACCCACCAACCCCAUCAGUGGGGCGAGUGAUAUCACAGUUAACGAGAGCACGGUGGUUCUGGAUCCUGCCGGAAGAGCGACAGGCCUGCAGCAGCUCCAUCCUGAUGAAGAGACAGAACUUCAGGCAGGGGAGAGCCACAUCAUCGCCAGCAGUGAGCACCAGCCGCCGCUCAGCAGUGAUUCAGACACUUCGAUCAUCAGCGGCGUGGAGAUUGGCAUGUCUGAUGUAGACCAGUCCACACAGCAGGAUUGUGAUCAGCCCAAAUCCUGAGCCAAUCGACGCUGAGAAAAUAAAGCAUGAAUCCCCAGGUAAAUGAGGACAAAAGUCGGACAAAGUAACCAGGGGCCCCCCAGAGAAUCGCCACGUCUUUGGCCCCCUGGAGGACGUGACUUCUCAGAAGAUGGGCAAAUGAGCAAUACAACAUAGCAGCACAAAUCACCCAAUUCUGUCUUUACUGGCUGAAAAACAGAUCCUUCCCUGCAUCUGUGGACGUGUUGCUUGCUCGUUUUCUUGCAGUCACACCUCACCAUUUUGUUGGUUUGACUGCCAUGGCAACCAGACAGCCAAUCACAGCUGUCACAUUGUGGUGGCCCAGUUUUUGUCACACGUAAUCCUUUCACAUCCUUAAACCUAGCACCUGAAAUACACAUACAGUAACUGCUGAGAUGUUGGAGUCGGUUUCUCUUCACUCUGGCACCCUAAACCUGCUGCUGGACACAAUAUGAGCACGGGAGCAGCAGGGCGUCCUUAACGCCAGAUUGCAGCUUUAAUUAUUGUUAAAAUAUGUGCAGAUUGUGUGAUCACUGCCAACAUGUUCCGGAAGUAAGUGUAACCGAUGUGAUGGAUAUAUUGCACGUAUAGAGUCCCUGACAGCUGGUGUGAAUUCCCACCAGCAAUUUUUCAACUUCAGAGUUGUUAAUAUCCCUUGAAAACUUGAAGCAUAGGUCUUUAACUUCAUGUGGUCAUGUGACAUUUAAGGAGUCGGGAUAUGUAUGCACACGUUAUGCUGUAAUUUCUGAAUUUCUAUAUGUAACGCUUUCUGUUACUAUUUUUGUGAGACCUUCAUUUGUAACUUCUAUAUUACCAACUGAACCUUCCUGUUGUUGAGAGAGGAAAUAACCAAACACAAGGUACACGUUUCUGUCCUCACAUUUGACAAUCAUAGCUUUCCUAAAGCAGUCUGAAGUGAUGUCACCCACUGCCCUGCUGAGACUGCUGCUGAUUUACAAGUUAUCACAACACAUGGCGCCGGUGAUCAUUCCCUACUGUCUGUCAGGAGGGAAGUGUUCAUAUCUGUGUUCACGCCGCUGCUAAAUACAGCUGGCAAUAACAGUUGUCACUACCAGACUCUGGCAGCGUGCGCAUAAUGUAGACAAACUUCAUGCACUUGUCAAGCCAGCCAAGAUAAAUAUGUUAACAAGUCUUUGUGCCAAGAUUGUCAGUAGUAUUUUAGACAUUGUCGUUGGUUCUCAUGCACACUGAUUUCCCCUGGCUGUUAAAGAGACAGGCACGGCACUGAAUCUGUUCAUGAUGUGAAACUGAAGAAAUAAUAUAGGGACGUAGGAUUGGAUGGUUUAUGUCAGUUAAUAGAGGGACUGUUUUGGUGGUAAAGAAGGGAAAUAUGCAUUGUCUGGCAUGGUUAGGGGUUUUCAUUUUAGGAAUUUAAUAUUCCCGCCAUGGGAUUAUUUAAGGCAUGAAAAUGUGAACAGUUGUAGAAUAAUUAAGAAGUGUUGUUGGGACUACGUCCACACUAAGCGGGCUAAUUCUGCAAAACCACAUGAAUGCGACAAAGUUUUCUGGUUGGCUGGGUAAUUGUGACACAGUGACUGAAUCAGACAAUAACACUGUAGAUGAGUAAUCCAGAACAACAAAGUGUUGAAAAUAAAAUAAUAAUAUGGUUCAAUUUAAUAAAUUAAAGUGGACAUUAUGUUUCUUAGUUAGCAAGAAAUUAUAACAGGCACCAAGAUUUAUCCACCCUUGUUUUAGUCCUACGGCCUUUAUUAAGAGCUGGUGUCAUAUCAGAAUGUGCUCCCCCGGUGAGUAGUGUUUUCCUCGUGUUAUUGUGUAGUGCUCCCCUCAGUGGUUAUGGUGAGGGCUGAAGAUUUGGUUCAGGUUUCGGUGCGGGUAAACAUUCAUCGACACAACGCCUGACUUUAAUUGUUCGUGGCGACCAUGCCCCUGACCAUUAUUUGGCUACUGGUUUUUAUUUAAGAAAAUAUGGUAGUUUCAGUUGGUUGAACCUCUGUUAUGUCCCCUACCACUCUCUUUGAUCACCUCUAGUGUUAAAUUCAUAAACAUAAAUCUAAGUUAACAACAACAGCUGUGGUAUUGGCUAUAGUGACAUUUAAAAUGAGUCACUGGUAGUGACAAACCGUAGUGGCGCCAGCAAGGGAGGCCAAAGUGGGGCCAUGGCCCCCUUUAUACAAAUACUGGCCUCCCCUGGCGAAAAUAAUCAAAUAUUAUUAUUAUAUUUGAGAGGCUGUGGUGUGUUCAUUUUUUAAGAUGAAACUAGACAACUGAGGGCAUCCACUGAUACCUGCCGUGUCGGCAUAUCUUGUCGGAAGGGGGCUAAAUAAAGCUCCAAAUUUAGGCUAAAAUAUUUGCGAGGGAAAAACUGCCGUAGCCAUUUUUUAAAGGGGUCCUUUAAACUCUCACCUUAAGAUAUCUGAAAAUGGGUUUUAUGUUUACCCACCAGUCUCCUCUACACUCGAGAAAGCUUGUUCCCAGUAAAUGUUUUGUUCCUUACAUUCAAUAUGCUCCUUAAAAUUAAAGCUGUAUAUUUGUCUUUUUAAGUAAAGCAGUCUAUCUGAAGACAAAUGAAUCGCCUAAUGUACGGAUACAUAACACAUUAAAACAGGAUUAUUGUGGAACUCAAAAUGUUAACUGUCAGUAUGAGUGUAUGCACAUUAGAUGAUAAGUAAUAUAAACUGUAAGAUAAAAAAUAAAAGUAGAUCAGUAUGUGAUUCCCUAACUCUCCAUAUUGAAAUUGUUUUCAGAUAGUCUACGUAUAUACUACAAACACAUCAUAGAAUUCAUGAAAUUCAGCUUUGCCUUUUACUUCUGAUGUGACACCCCAAGAUUUUCAGUGGCGCCAUCUGGCCAAACCCUUUGAAAAAUUUCUGUGAGUGCCACUGACGAACCUACAGAGAGUUAUCACCCAAAUCUGCAGAAAACACCAGCUGUGUGUGGACGGGGUCCAUACAAAGGAAAAAAAUGUUUGUUUUUAAAAUGUAGCUGGCUUAGUGUGGACGCACUCCUCAACUCCUGUAGCGACGCUGACUGUUACUUCACAUUCAAGAACUCAUUCUUUUCCUGCUGUUUUGUUUUCGUCUCGUAAAUCACCUCCUCAUGUCAUAUUGCACAAGGUCAGUAGGAUCUAAUACUCGACAGGAUCUGUUUCCUGUCACAUUCCUGUAGACUUGCACACUGAAGAAGCACAGACGAUGGAGCCAGUGGAAAUUAACUGGAGGUUUUUUACUUCCAGUCAUUGUUUCCAUUGUGUCCUGCAGCCACCUGGGACUCUGUUAUAUAACACACACAUGUCCACACUCCCCAGUUUGGGUCAAUCAUUGAAGAAUUGUUGAAUGUAUGCGUAAAUGUUCCAGCGUAUCAUGAAAGUGUUAGUUUAAGGAGGGGCUUGCUGUAAUUCUUAUUUCUUUCAAGCAUUUUGUGAGACUCUGUGUUGUUGGCUGUAGCAGCUCGAUACCCAUAGACACUACUAUCUAGAUGUGUGUUGCAUCACAGAGAGUCGGUAGCAUUAUAUAAACAUUUAUGAAUGUACAUUUUUAUACACUAUAUAUUGGACAAUGGUAAUAGUGGGUUUGAUAAAAAGCCUGGUUUACCUCUAGCUUUAGAUAUUUUUUUGUUGUGGAUAUGAAGGUGGAUGAUUGUGAUUCUUGCCAGCACAUUAUAGAUGCAGAUGUUUACAGCCAGUCUAAUCUGGACCUUUAAGCCUCUGUAAGUCGCAUCAGUUCCCACGGAUAAUGAGACAGCACAAUACAUACGAUAGCCCAGAAACACUCAGCAACAUCAAUAUCUGUUGAUCUCUUUGUCUUUGUCUUUCUCACAUGUUAACAUAAACACUUUGUCUCUGUCCGACCAUUUGUUUGGUCGGCAUAGCGACAAGAUAAAGCACAGCACAUCUGUUUUCAGUGCCAGAUCACUUGAUUCUGGCUCUACUGCCUACAACAAGUUUAGUAAAAGCUGGAUUCAAACUUAUUUUUUACAGAGAAACUUAAAGAUGAUGUGACCAAGCUAAAAGGUCGUCUCUCAGCUGUAUCGGUUUACAGUCUUUCAAAAGCAACUCCUUUGCAGGAAUCAAAGGAAUCAAAGGAAAUUUAAUACACAAAAGACCUUGGUGCACUCCACAUAAUGACAUUCAAUGUACUUAUGAAGUAACUCAAGAUUGUUGUCCCUAAUUGCACCUGCAGCAUUGUGUAACACUUUAUUUUGGGCUGUGUGUUCCUAAUAAUUUCCAACAAGUCUCCAGGAAAUGACUAGCCUAUGUGUGUGUUUGAUGCCAAUAUGGGCAAAUGUCCUUAAAGCAGAAGUUUCCAAAGAUUUUUUUUAUUUGCACACACAUAAAAUGGCUUAAAAUCCAUAUGGUGAAAAAACAAAAAACUAAGAAAUGUGUCAGGAAAGGUCAAAACGCCACAGGGUUAAACAAACGGACCUCCCCUCAACUUAAGGAGAAAAACAAAUAAUGACAGAAAAAAGAAGAAAAGGAUAAAAAAAACUCAUAUAUUAAACUCAUAUAAUUCAGAAGAUACAACAAAAGAUAUAUGACAACAAGAAGCACACUGAGCAGAACCAACUAACCAAUCUGUACAAUAAUCCAGUAAAACAAAGAAAUACACAAAAUCAGUUCAUCUGACAGGGACUGUGGUUGUUGAUCAAGAGGAAAAAACUGUAAAUGAGCCAGAGUUGGCCUAAAAGUCAGAUGUGAAAAGGCACCUAAAAUAGAAUAAACAGCCUAUCUUAUAAAAUUCAUACACACAAAAUACUAGGUAUGCACAAAACAGUACAGCACACAUCCACCAAUUAAUAUUACCAUAGUAUAACACAAGAUAAUUAGCUACAAUCUUUAUUAACAGGCCCAGAAAAAGACAAGAAACCUGCACAGGUAGUUGAAAUGUACGUAUACUUGCCUGCAGACAAAUUCUAACUUGUUUUCAUGCUGUGUACUGACUUAAAAUCUCUCUAAGCUUCACCUGCAAUUAGUUUGAAUUGAUUAAGUCUCUGAUUACCCUUUGAUUAGGAUUAUUAUGUGGCUCUUUCAAGGAAAUUAUUCCAAAAUUAUUCUCAAAUUAUGAACCUGUAAAAUAAAGCAUGACCCAGCAGAGUUUUAACUUUGAUGUCCUCCAUUUUGUUCCCUUGUCACAUGUUUCCUUCUGUUUGUGUAAACGUUCCUAUAUUGCACUUUAACCCUCCAGCGAAUGAGGACCGUCGAUACUGAACGACUUGAGAUAGUCUUUUUUAAAUAGAGGGCUACAGUAUUGAACAUAGCACAUGACUCGGUUGAUGAUUAUUGUAUGAUGUUGUGAUCUUUCAUGUGUAUAUUGUGUGUAUGUGGGGUGUGUGGGGGGAAUAUCAAUAUAUUGUACACUAUACCCAGCAGAAAUAACAGCAUUGCUAAUUUGUAAUAUAAAAGACAUGUAAGUCUGAUUAGCGGUGUCUCUGUUCUUUUUCUUGUACCAUGAUGCACGUGUAGGAAUGUCUCUGAUUGUGAGUUAGAUAAUAAAACUGAUUCAGGUUUUUUUCA